UGGUUUUUUUUCUUAUAAACAAUUCUUUAGGAUUUUUUCAAGGGAGGGAUGCAGUAGUAUCACAAACCUCAAACCUCACACUACUGAGGGGCUAAUCACACGAGCCUGGUUAGCGGGGUUGGCUCGGUUAGGCAGGCUGUAAUCAGCAUGGUAUCAUAUGGAAUUUUCUCAGAUCAGGCUAAAAAGUGUUUUUAUUUCAAUUUUCCCGCUUAUAAAAUGACAGAAGGGAAAGAAAACGUAUCCGCAGCUCUUAAAAUUGCAGCUAUAUCCUCUGUACAGACUGCAUGUCAACAGAUUCAAAGCUUGCUACUUUUAUGACGAGGGCAGCAUAUAGAAUUCCCAACAGCGUUAGAUGUAAUUUUUUCUCUCAAAAAGAAAAUGGUCACAACACGCAAAAGUCUGUUAAAUCAACGAAAAAUGGAAAGAAAAAAAGGAGCACACUAUAUGCAGAUCGAACAGAGCGAUGGUGAAAAAAUAUCAAAUCAGGAUCGAACAUGCCAGAAACUUAGGAAAAAGAACUUUCGUUUAUACCGAAGCGAGUUAGAUCCGUUGUUUGAAGAAAUUUGCAGUUAUUUCAGUAACAAUGAAGAAGUUACCUACAAUAUCAUGCUUAGCACAGCUAGAAAUCCGGAAAAAAGGUAUUUUUGGUAGGCUGAAAUCCCCGUGGUAUAUAUUGACACAAAAAUGGAUCUAACUUUGGAAAAUAUCCCAGUUGUUGUUUAAGCAUGUGUGAGUAGCAUAAUUUGUAUGUUAAUGAAAACCAAUGCAAGAAAAAUGAAAGAGCCUACAAACCUUUUCCAGUUCCUAUAUUUUUAUGCAACUCCGAUGAUGAGAACGUAACACACAGAAUUAUCACUAAUCAGUUUGCAAGUUUUGUUUAAAGAUAUGUACAUAACAAUUUCAUUAUUUACAUUUGUUAUGAUCACGGGACAAGUUUAAUUUAAAAAUUAAAAACAAGAUAUUAAUAACAAAAUAGGAAGAUAUGUGUUAUCUUUAUAAUAAUACGGAAAUUGGCCCGUCUGUCUGUCUGUAACAGGCAAAGGGGAUGUGUUUAUUUUCCUUUAAUCUAGCCGAAAUUUUCUUUAAAGUCGCCGACAAUAGUAUGUCCAUUUUGCCAGCGGGUUUACUUUCUUUACAUCACGUGAUCAAAAUGAUGCAAAUGAUUUGCUGAAUUAAUUUUAACGGCUGACUACGGAACAGGGUUGGUUACCCUCGACACAAAACCAACAACAAAAGAACGGUCCCUUCGUCUUGAAAAAAGUGCAAAAAUUGAAAAGGUAAAGUGGUUCAAAAAAGCAUACAUGAAGUGAAAAGUGGAGCUAGAAGUAGUAAAGUAAAGUUGGAGAUAGAAAAUGAAUGCUAGAGUUUCAAGUGGAUUGGAAUUUAGAAAAAGUAAAGAACCGCGUUAGCUGGCAUAUAUUUGUUUACAUUUUUCGGAUAAUUAAUAUGUCCCCUGGUGCGUAACUAAUGUAUUUAACCUAAAAUUGAAAAUGCUACUCUAAGCUGUUAGCUUGAUACCAAACAAAUUUGCUAGCGGAAGAGGAAAUUUUGGUUUGUUAAACUCUGAAAUGUCAUAAUUUUAACUAUAUUUAACUGGGUGUCCUAGCUACUGUAGCUAAUGUUUUUUAACAAUAAUUAUAAUGUAACAAGCCACAAAAUCUUUCAAGGAAUUUUUGAACUUUUAGGAUAGUGUAGACAUUUUUAUGCCCAACAUAGAGUAUCAUUUUUCUUACGUUUUCAGGAAGCCACAUGCACUAUGAAAAGAGGAAGGUUUUUGUAAAAUUUAAUGUGUGUGCGUUAAUUGGUUUUAUUUUUACUGUUUUGUUUUGACAUCCAGUUUAACUUUUGUGAGCCAGCCAGCCAGUAAGUUACCAGGUUAUUUUUACAAGUGUUAUUGAUAUUUUUACAAGUGUUGUUGAUAUUUUUACAAGUGUUGUUGAUAUUUUUAAAAAGGUUGUUGAUAUUUUUAGGGGGAAUUUAUUUUUGGUUAAAAAUUUUAAAGAGAGGAUCGUGUUUUUGUCCGUUUAUAUUAUUCGUGUUGCAAACUUCUGUUUUUAUAAAUUUUGUGCAAACUUUUGUGGAAAUAGAUCACAUGCAAUGUACUGAAAGAACAAAUUUUUGUAGAAUUGGUCUUCACUGUAAGCUGUUGUGUAAGCUAUUAUCUUUUUAUAUUUCGUUUUAUAAACUUUUGUUGAGGAGACUCACUAUAUGUGAUGUCAUUUUUGCUGGAAUAACAUUCCACAGUUUCACGUUUUUGUUUGUUAUAAGAAUUUUAAAAAAUUUUGUGGGAAUAAAUGUUUGUUGAUGAUAAAAAAAUUGCUAAAUGUUUUGACUGAAACUGUUUUUGUUUUUUACAUUUUGUAAUCUAAUGAGUGAGGACUGUAUGCACUGAAAUGACUGAUUUUUCUAUAAUUUGAUGUGUUUCAUAACCUUUUUUGUGGAAAACUUAUCGGUAAAGGCAAUGUGCAACAUGCUGAAUGAUUUUUGUUGAUUUGGAUGUGCUCCCCAAAAACCGGACCGUAUACAAUGUUUCCAAAAAAAUGAUAUUUGUUUAUUUGAAAUUUUCUCCUUCCUUAUUGCUUUUUUGACAUUUCGGUUUAAAAUGGUUGGUGAAGGGCAAUACGGAUCAUCAUUCCAAAAAAAUGAGUUUGUGUUGUUAACCAAUUAAUUUUUGGAGGUGGGAGAGGAUCGUAUGCAAUCGAAUAAAUGAUUUGUUUAGAUUUAAAUUUAUUUUUAGAUUUAAUCGUUUUCCAAACUAUGGUUUUUUUGUAUAUAUAACCAUUUGUAAAAGCUUUUAGGGAAAGGACAAUGUUUAAAACUUAAUUUAAUUGAAUAGUGCUUGCUCUUGCAAGCCUUUCUCUUUUGACAAUUCGGAUUAAAAUAUUGCAGGUUUUCAACGCAAUCGUUUAACUAAAUUUAAAUUUUGAGAUGUGUUAUUUCUAACUUUACUAUUAUUGUCGGUGUUGUAUUUGUUAGUGUUGUUGUAGUCGGUGUUCUGACUGUUGAUGUUGAAACUUUCUAUCAACUAGAUUUUACACUUUGCAAGGUAUUGUUUUUGCAUUUUGUGUAGGGGUUUCUUGGGAGUAUUUCAUGCGAUUUCACAUUUGACAUUCUGUGUAAGAUUUUAAGAACUUUUUUGAAAACGGUCUUUUUUGCAUUUCCAGGUUAAUUUUUUUGGUAAAGGACAGUAUUCAAUAUAAUGAAAUAUUUGCUGAUGUCAUCAAAAUUUAAAUGACAGAUCUUUUCUAUUGCUCUUCUGCCUAAGUGGAUUUUUCCACGGGCUUUAUUGACUAGUAUAGUGAUAAUAAAAUAUGAAGAGUAUGGUUCAAUUUCGUGUUAUUGAGAGAUUUGUUGAAUUAUUGAGAGAAAAACGUUAGAGAUAACUUUAACAUGAAGAAUUUAAAUAUAUACUUAAUUUGUAACAUUUCGAAAAUAUUAACCAAUAUUACGAAUUUUCUCCGCACCAAAAUUUCUUCUCUUAAAAGGGUAGUAAACAUUAAAAUCUGAAAAUCCGUAAAAGUUUUUUCUUAUAAGCAACUCAUGAAAAACCAACUAGAUAUACUUGAUUUUAAGAGAUUAAUACAGAAUUACAGUAUCUAUUUGCAAGUUCACUAGCAGUAUCGGAACUACGGAGCAACUUCUAUCUUUAACUACAUAAAAGUUACAAAAAAGCAUGUAUCAUAAGAAUUAUAAUAUAAAAAGUAUCGAUUUUUAUGGUCAAGAUUAUAAAUUGCUUUUAAAAAAUAUUUGUAUAUAUAUUUGUAUAUAGUAACAAAACAAUAUACAUAUUGUGCAAAAUUGACAAAAACAUGAACCUUUCCUUUUUUUGUGUUCUCACUUGAAAGUUCAUCUUACUUGUUCCUUGUUGACUGAAGUUAUCCCCAUUGGGUGUUUGCCCAUGUAAACUAUUUACAUACUCCGAUAAUAACCCUGGUGGAUUGGUGGUGUCAACUGAUGAUGUAUAUUUUGAUAAAACAUGUUUUGAUUUGUAGAAGCUUGAAAAGACAUAACUUCUGCUAAUUUUUCAAAACGAUCUACUAAUUCUCUCAGCCAUCUUAACCUUUUUACUGAAGAUGAAAAAAUUUUAGUGGAUUCUUUCAUCGCAACCGCCAUUUCCCUGCGAAGCAUCGCAUCUUCUUUUGAUUUAUCAAUCAAAAUAUUAUUAAGCUGAGCAGCGCAGAUAAGCCACGUUUAAGAUGUUUACGUUUAUUAUCUACUAGGGCUGAAAUGGAAAACUUCCGUUUUUGUUUUAUCUGAUUGGUUACUACUGCUGACAUGUUUUGAGAUGGGAGAAAUUACAUCCUCCUCAGUGGCCGUAGAACCCCCUUUCUCAUUGUCAGCUAUUCCUGGUAGUGUGUUGUUGUUGUUGAAAUCAAAUCGAUUGUUACUGUAUUCUCAGUAUCUACACCGUUUGGUAACGGUUCCACAUUGCCCCAGAUAUUUUUCAGAGAAUCAAAAUGGGUAAAUACAAUUUUCCCACUGCAAGAUCUUGUACCAGUGAUAAUUGCUUUCGAAAGAUUUCUUAUAUCUUUUCUUGCACUCUACUCUUUCCCUUACUGAUUCUCAAGUUGUGAAGUUUCAUUUCCUUUUUUAUUUGUAGUACUUUUUUCAUGGGACAAUGUUUCUAUGUAGUUGUUGCUGUCAACAGCACCAUAUAACUCCACAAUGCCACCCUCGUAUAUAGCAGCCAGCCGGAGUAUAGAAGAGGUUUGUCCCUAUCGAAGUCGAGGCCAUUGAAACGGCUUUGUCUUCUUUUCGCCCAUUUUGUUUAUCCUGUACAGACAUCGCACACGCGCACUACAAUACUAUUGAUCCCGGUUCGCCUUGUCGGAACUGUCAUAUAGAAAAUUUUCAGUCCGUUUUGCCGGUAUCCUGCUUUUACAAAGCGACAUCCCGGUUAGCUGCGCCAGCUCCGUUCUCAUGUGAUAGCAAGUUGUGUUUUGUGAGAAUUUGUUAAGGAAGGUGAGAUCUGGACAAACUGAGUCUGCCUGCUUUGCCGGGCUGAUUUUUCUCAUGUGAUAGCCCCUAAAUGUAGAUCUGAUAUUAUUGUGGAGAUUCUAAACGUGAUAAGAUGUUAAUUAAUGCAGCACAAAUAGAAGCACUUCUGCUUUCCCCUACACAUCUACAGAAUAUCUUCCUGAAAAAGCCUGGAUAAUUUCACACUUCAUGUAGUUGAUUAGAACAUUAUUGAAUCACUUUUUCUGUUUUUAAUGACGCCAGCGUAACACUAAAACAAAAUUACUGGUAUUUGAUAAUAAGUUUAGUAAACAAGGUAUUUACUGUUUAGGAGUUUAUUCUGAAAGAAAUUGCUGCAUGCGACAGAAAUUUUACUACAUUACAGGCCCGGUCGGGAAAAUUUACCCCCGCUAGCGCUAAAUCGCUCACAUAAAUUAAUCUGCGUGAGCGAUCCACGUGCGAUCACAAAAGCUCGUACAAAUUAGUUUGCGUGAGUGGUCAAUGAAACAAAAAGUACGACAUGCACAUGCUUGAUCUGUUAAAUAAUCUUAUUUAAUCAUUGGUUAGAUCAUCUUCUUCCAACUUCUGCUCUUGUUUCUUUUUUUGUAGGUGCUGCAUCCAGUGGUGAUAUCGAUGAUCUUGUGACAUACCCGUCUUACACCUCCCAGAGCAAACAAUCGGAAAAAAAGGCCUGUCGGAUGUACUGGUAUGGAUUUUACUUUAUUUUUUUAUGGAUUUUGUCAACUUGAUUUCUUAUUUUACAAAGUUUUUUUUAUGGAAAAACUCUGUCGGACUUUUGUUCGGCAUAACAAAAUCCUUGUCAGAUAUAGUUUUUGUCCAUGGUGUGGUAUUUUGGCUGGUAAAAGUUUUAAAAUUUUGGUGUUGUCCCCCCCCUCCAAAAACGUAGGUGUUACCAUGCCGCCUUAUAAGUUAUCAGUUACUAAUUUUUGUUUUCUUUAAGGUAAAGCAGGCGAGCCGCUGCCAGUGACGUGCGAAAAGACAUUUUCGAAAUAAUUGGCAAAGACUAUGUGGUACCAUCUAAAAGAAAUGUUAAGGGUUUAUUUUCUUUCAUUUGUGAUUUUGCGAUUUUUUUUCAUGUAUUGCAUUUAUGAGAGAAAAUAAUACUUGAGACAACAUUUUUAAUGUGCUGAACUUUAUUUGAAGCCCUGAAUAUUAUGAUAUGAAGUUACUAGCAAAUAUAAAAGAACUGAGGAAACUCAUCCAAUGGUUUUAAUAAAAUUGUUACCUGAAAGGAAAACCAACGAAAAAGUUACAUAUGUUUUUUGUAGUAAAAAUAUUCUUAUAUAUCAGGAAAACAACAUUGCAUAAAAAUUUUCAAAUCAACCCAAAAGAUCUCAAUUUCGAUCACACUUCCCCUAAUUGUCAAACAAAAACUUACUCGGUUCGCAUAUAAUUUAUCGAUUUGUGACGUAACACGUCUCGCGCAAUAACAGGUGGCGACAGAAGAGUCUAUGUAAGCGAAAAAUGUCGUCAUCAAAACUCGAUUUCGUUUUAUCUAAAUCAUCUGGAUAACGUGAAUUCAUCUAACGCCCAAGAACCACAAAAACGGAUUAACACACAAACCCAGGGGCAUAGCCAGAAAAAAAUAAGCCUUAGUAAAACUUUUGACCCGUAGGAUUUGAAGAGAGGGGGCGUUGUGAGUCCCUGGCGCCUUUUUAUGCCCUUUAAGCACUAAAACGCCAUAAAACCGCCUCUCUGAGAUACACGUUAAGUAAUCUAUACAUUUAAGGCUGUAAACAGCACAACACCUUUACUUUUUAUAGAUUGAAAGAUAUUAAAUCAAUAACUAAAAUUUUCAUUCUUCUUUCUUCAUGUUUAGCACCAAAGUAACAUCAUCGAAAAAGAGGAAUAAAUGACAACAUAAAAAAACAUUUACUAAAAACUGUUCUCAAGGUCGUAAACCAGCAAUAUGACAGCACAACAGCGUCAUAAUGCUUUUUCUAAAUUGAAAGUUAUUAAAUUAAAACUAAAAUUUUCAUAUUCAGCACUAAAAUAACGUUUUUUUACAUUGAAAUUUAUUAAAAUUUUCUUUCUUUAUAAAUAUAACAAGAAGCCCUGCGGCUUUAAGAUUUCCGUCAUUAGCCUGAAAGAUUUUGAAAUUUGAAGUAGACCUUGAAAACGGAGAAUUAUGGGGUAAACAAAUCACGAGUACCACAAUUCUCAACUAUUUUUGUAACUAACCUGCAAUGUUAAAAUACAACUCAUUAAAUAAAAAAUAAAAAUUUUACAUAGCUAUAUGAAGUAUUCUAAAAUAACAGUUAAAACUUUAACUGGAUAUUUUUAAAAGUGAUCAGGAAAAUUCUGGAAAUUCCAGAAUACAAAUCUUGCUAUUUGACGAUUUGAAUAUAAUAACUUCUGAACGAGCUCAAUUUGAAUGAUGAAGUAGUUCAUUGUUUAUUUAUUCAGCAAUAAAUACAUAUUAGCAUUUGAAUAUUUCAGUAUUUAGGCCUUCAAAAUUUACUCUCUUGUUGAAAAUUUUUUGAAAAUGCAGUAGUAUAGGAGAGUGAUUAUAACCAGGUUUUCGCUCCUCCUACACCUUUACCCCCAAAAACCCCGCUUUCACCAUUUCCACUACCCCCUCAUCCAAAAAACAAGUAAAAACGAAAUAAUAUGACGUCAUACGUGAAAUCAUAAUAAUACAGAAUAUAAAUGCCAAUAACAUAUAUAAAUGAAAAAUAAAUAAUAUAUAAAUGUAAGAUACAUGACGUCAUCUGCCAAUGAUACAGAAUAUGAGUAAGGGAAAUUCCCAAAAUAUUCAAUCCUUGACCAAACAAAAUUUUCUGGUUGAAAAGAAAAUCUGUAUAUAAUAAAGGAAUGAGUUGGUUCAAAAAUGCAAUUAGUAAAAUAUAUAAUACCGUGUCAGCACCAGUAGCGGCAAAUCGCGAAGCUCUUGUUAAACAACUAAGGAGCGUGCGGGAUACCGUUAGUUACUAUUAUAACAAGGCCAGGGGUCAAUUUUCAGGAACACCAACUAUCCGCGAUGAGGUUCAACGGGUCACCAUCGAAGAUGAAUACCAAGAAAUUGAGGACCUCAAACACAUGUUUGGGAAAGAAUCUAAGCAUGCCACCAAUACGGAGGUGAUCGAGGAUAUUUAGAACAUUUUUGAUGAUGACGCGAAAAUGAUAGAAGACGGAAACCGCAUCAAAACAUAGAGGUUUAAUAAUAACCUUAACCAGCCAUUGACAGAUACCAUUAUGCGAAAAAGCACACCACACGCAGACAUGCGUGUGAAGGUGGUAUACAGCUUUAGCUGUGAUAUUUACAGAGGCGGUGGAGAUGUGGCCAAUUACCACAAAACAAAGAGCUCCGGGUCACUCUUAAGCAUGGCUGAAAUAGAGGCUUUCAUCGAUGAAUGUGAGAUGAAACGCCUCGAUCUGGAAGAUGCCGAAUUUUGGACGAAAGCCUAUUUGCCACCAGAAAGGACUAUCGAGACACCAGGAGCAUAUAAAUGCAAAAUAAUAUUCAAGCACGCACAAGUCAAGAUAAUUUUUACGAGAGAACCCCUACUUGGAUGUGGACCAUUACCAGAUUGGCUGCGCGGAAAAAGAUGUAUCUAUGCCAUGGAUGGUGAAGAUGUUAGAACGGACAAUUUAUGCUUCUGGAGGUGUCUAGCUGUAGGGGAGAGAGCGGAUGUAAAAAGAGGGACAGAGUUCCUUACAAAGACGGCCCUCAAAUUAGCUCGUGAGUACCACGAGCAACCUAAAUUAAAGAGGGAAGAGGUAAGGGCUACGAGGCUCGUGGACUUGGAAGGUAUCGCCAAAAAAUUCAAAAUUAACAUAAGAGUUUUUGAACCAAAAACAAACACCGACAAGGCCCCAUGGCGUCUCGUCUAUGGCCACAAUCAAUACAAAAAGGGGUUGGACACAAUUGACCUCGGCAUGCUGCAUGAUCAUUGCUUUUAUAUCAAGAAACUGGAUGUAUUGACGCAGAAUUGGGAAUGCGAGGUUUGUACACAAUGAUUCAACAGAUCGGAGAACCUCACACGACACAAACAAAAUGAAUGCGAAGGUAUCAAAACCAAGAUCAUUUGCAAAGGUGAAAAGAUCGAACGGAUGCAGAGUAGCUCUGAAAAGGUAUUUUAUCCCGAUAAGGGUUUCAGUUACGCGGUAUGCCAAUGGAUUGAAGCCAUGUCAAAUCAAACAGGUAGGCAUAUACAUCAUGCUCUUUGUGGGCAUGGGGGAGAACGUGUGAUACGCGACGGCAGUAAGGCUGUAUACAAGAUUGAUGGGUAUGAUCCUCAGACAAAAACAGUAUACGAAUACCACGGCUGCAAAUGACAUGGAUGCCCAUGUCAGCCUAAUAGAACCAACGUGGAUAAAAAUAAUUUUAAUUUCACCAAAUUUAAAGAGGAUCACAUUCGGAAACUCGGCUACAAUAAUGUCACUGCAUGGGAGUGUGAAAAUCCUCCCAAGGUUAAGAGGGUAUUCAAGAAAGAAUUUCGAGCAUAUUCCCACUUCAACGCCUUUGAUUUCGAGGCUCUCCUUGCACCAUUGGACCAGCAGCAAACGUCCUAUCUAAAAUAUAUAUCAGAGCAUAUACCCGUCAGCGUAGCCAUUCACGAUAGUCAACAAAAAACAUCCAACAUUUAUGAUGAAUGAAGACCCAAAGGUGCUUGUGCAAAAAUUUGUUGAGCAACUGGAGCAGAGACAGAUCCAGAGUGUUAAAGAAGUUGAAAAGAUAUAUCCCAAGCCGGAUGAUU